AUGGCACCCGCGGUGCUCGAACCCAAGGUCGCGUGCUGUCUCCCCGUGAAGAACAGCAGCAAAGGCUUCACUAGUACCACCGUCAAGGAGAUCCCUGCUGUCAACGACGCCGAGGUCCUCCAGGCGCCGCUACCUAACCCUUCACUCCAGGUCACAGCCGACCACCGGAUCAAGACUGUCGAGGCGCUGGUCCUCGCGCCGAAGAAGGGGGAGGUUCUGCUUCAGAUCAAGGCAACGGGCGUGUGUGGCUCCGAUAUUCACUUCUGGAAAUCCGGCCGCAUCGGCACCCUGGUGGUCGAAGGCGACUGCAUUCUCGGCCACGAGGCCGCCGGCGUCGUCAUCCGUGUAGGAGAAGGCAUCACCAACUUUGUCCCCGGCGACCGGGUCGCAAUCGAGCCCGGCGUUCCGUGCGGCGACUGUUUCCUCUGUCUGGAAGGCCGGUACAACCUCUGCGAGGACGUGCAGUUCGCCGGCGUCUAUCCUUACCACGGCACGCUGCAGCGCUACAAGACGCAUCCCGCCAAGUGGCUCUACAAGCUCCCCGACAACAUAUCCUACGCCCAAGGCGCCCUCCUUGAACCCCUCUCCGUCGUCCUGCACGGCAUCCGCACCGCCGGCCUCGAGCUGGGCACCGGCGCCGUCAUCUGCGGCGCCGGCCCCAUCGGCCUCAUCGCGCUCGCCGCCGCCCGCGCCUCGGGCGCCCACCCGCUCGUCAUCACCGAUAUUGAGCCCCUGCGCCUCGCCUUCGCCAAGGAGCUCGUGCCCGGGUGCCUCACCUACCGCGUCGACCCGAGCCUGGGCGCAGAGGGCAACGGAAAGGCGAUCCGGGCGCUGUUCGGCACCGAGACGGCUGGGGAGUACGUCGCGCCGAGGACGGUGCUCGAGUGCACCGGGGUCGAGAGCAGCGUCUGCGCCGCGGCGUUUGCGGUGCGGAGGGGCGGCACGGUCAUGGUUAUCGGGGUGGGGAGGGAGGUGAUGAACAAUCUGCCUUUUAUGCACAUUUCGCUGUCUGAGAUCAAGCUCGACUUUAUCAACCGGUACAGGGAUACGUGGGCGCCGGGCAUUCAGUGCCUGAGCGGUGGGAUAUUGAAGUUGGACAAACUCAUCUCGCAUACGUUUCCGCUUGAAAAGGCGGAGGAGGCUUUGACGCUGUCGUCUGAUGUGAGGAACGGGAGCAUCAAGGUGCAGAUUGUGGAUGAGGUUGAGUCGCCACUAUUUUGA